AUGGCUAACAAGUUGUCAAUGCAUAAUGCAGGAAUUGCAUCAUUGAAGAACUUAACAAGAUUCUGGAAUUGUAUCUCUUCAUUGCUUUGUGGAAACUAUGACAUCUCGUGGAAAAAAGAGUACAAGAAAGGGAAUUCAGUAAUGGAAUCUCAAGAGACCGAAACAACAAGAACUUCAAGAGGUCGCACUCGUUUGGAUAAGCUGGUUAGGCAAAGGGCCCACGGAAUUAGAAAGGAUAUAAAAUUCAAUAAAUUUGGACAGCCAAUAGGAGACUUUGCUAGUGAAAUGCAAAGUUAUAUCGGCAUUCUCGCUCGGGAAAAGGUUAGGAUAAGUUACAAGUCAUGGAAGCAAGUUCCAAGUGGCGUUAAGGAUUUAAUAUGGGAAUCAGUUAAUUUGAGUUACAAUGUUGACCCCAGAUGGAAAAAGGGGUGUUUGAAUUCGGCAAAUAGUAAGUGGCGGCAAUAUAAAGCUCUCCUCACUCAUAAGUUUAUUUUUAGCAAGCUUGCUAAACCGGAAGAGUUGAAAGAACCACCAAUUGGGUAUGGUAUUACACGAGAUGAUUGGAGUGCGUUUGUAAUCAGUCGCAUGUCGGACGACUUCAAGAAAGUAAGUGAUGAGCAAAAGAAGAGAAGAAAGCAGAAUGUAUACCCACAUCGGCUUGCCCGUAAAGGUUAUGCUCGUUUUGCUGAUGAAAUAGGAGAUGAAUUAUGUGAUGAUGAAGAGAUUAAUCGAGCGAUUAUUUGGAAGAAAGGACAGAUGAAUAAGAAGGGGCAAUUUGAAGGCGAUGAUUUGAAAAUGGCAAUAGAAAAGAUUGAUGAUUAUGUGCAACAAAAACGGGAGGGUAAGUUGCACUUAGAAGAGGCAAACACGGAUAUCCUUUCAAAAGCACUUUCAUCUGAGGAGCAUUCUGGGCGUGUGAGGGGUGUUGGAGGAUAUGUCACUCCAACAUUCUAUUUUAAUGUUGGCAGCAUAGUGCAGAAACACCUUGUUGAUGAGCAGUUUAUCCUUCAACAAAAAGAGUUGAUGGAGGCAAAGAUAUUAAUCUCACAACAAAAUGCACGCAUAUCAAAUCAAGAUGAACGCAUACAGAAACUUGAAGCAAUGUUCAGAAAGGGUGCAUGCGACUUAGAUACGGAUGAAAAAGGUAGUUGCUCAGUAAAGUUGCAUCCCAUGAGUGACGAAAAUAUCAAAAUUGAAAAGUGUGUCCCAAAUAUUGAAAUUUUGGAUGAUGAUGACAUGCAAAUUUUGAACAAUGAUGAUUUCUUCCAGGGUAAACCGGUUGCAUUGACAUUGGGUUCUAAGAGCAAUAUUGUUGCCUAUGGUACAAUUGUUCAUGUCAAUGCGGUUGGUAAAUUACUUCAUGGUGUUCCAUUACCUAUUAAUUGUAUGCGUGUCUCCAUUGAUAAGGCUGUGGAUGAAUUAGCACAAUUGUCAUGUCCAAUUCCAAAUCAAUGUGAUACAAUUGGUGAUGCUAUUGGAACACAUGUGGGAUGGCCGGCUAACUUGGUAGUUAUGCAAGAUGAGUGCUCUAAAUGA